AUCAAAAGAUAAAUGGGAGCAUGCACAAGAGGUUAAGAACUUGAUUAGUGAAAAGGGAAUGAAAAAACCUUCAGGGUAUAGUUUGAUUCAGUGAGCAAUCGAGGAACACUNUAAAGAAGAACCACUUUGAUUAAGCAGUGUAUCCUCUCAAUCAGUAUAAUGAUGAUGUCGUGAACACUUUUGUAUUGAUCAACACUGUUGAAGGAGUAAUUGCUGAAUAAGCUUUGAAUUCCCAACUUUAUUUUCUGAGACAUGCAUGUAAGAUAUCAAUAUCAUCAUGUAGGUGUAUGACCAUUUAGUCAUGAAGCCAUUAAGCAAAGCUCCUAAUCCAUCUUAGAACAGGAACGAGUUUCGUGUGGCUGUUGUGCAGUUAUAUUGGCCUCAAGGUGCAAAAGUUUAGUUCCCUACACCUCUGAAUUUGUAUGCUCGGGAUGAGGAUGAGGAUGGGAGAGUAUAGGAUAUAUGUCACAAAAUGGGGUCUGUUAGGGAUUUAAUUGUAUAUAGGAGGAGAAGAAACGCUACUUAGCCUAACUGCCAAGGCAGUUAGGAAAUGGGGGGUUGGUUUCUGUUAGUUCGGUUAACAGUCUGUAUAAAAGGGGAAAAUGGGUUGUAUAUACUUUAGUUUUGGAGUCUUAUUGAUUGUGCNNGAACUCUUGGAGUUCUGUGGGGAGAGGNUAAGCUCUCUGAGUACCUUGUAUUCACCAUUUCUUGAUUCUUUUGCAAUAAAAGGAGGCUGUACAAUUCAGAGGAAUUGUUCUGUAUUGUGUUUCGAGUGUUUUUCAUAGGUUCUUGAUUAAAAGAACCUAUCAUUUGGUUCGACCUGCCGGAUCAAGAAGGAGAGGAACCAGUGAUGGGCAGCGAGACGGAGGGGAGAUUAAAUAACUUGGAGAUCACGGUGGAGGGCAUCAAGGAGGAGACCGCCGCGAUCAGACGUGAUUUAUAGCAAAUGAUGAGGCUGAUGAGUGGAGGUCCGAACCAUCACGGGGGUGGUUCUGAGGGAAGCAACAGUUCAGUGAAUGAAAACCGCAGAAAGGGCGAUACUGGGGGAAUACGACACAAGUGGAGGAAGAGGGUGGAAUUGCCAUCGUUUGAAGCGGAGACCCACAUAUCUGGAUUAAUCGAGUCGAACGAUUCUUCGACAUCCAGACGGUGGCUGAGGAGGAUAAAGUCGAACUCGCUUACAUUAGCAUGGAAGGGAGCGCGAGUUAUUGGUUCAAGUAUUGGCGGGAGAAAACCAAGAAUCGAACUUGGACGGGUUUGAAGGCUGGGUUGAUUAAUCGCUUUGGUGGUGGGUUCAGGGGAACGGUCUACGAACAAAUGGCCACUCUGAGGCAAGAUGGAACGCUAGAAGAGUUUGUGAGGAGUUUCGAGAUAUUACUGGGUCAGACCCAGGGCUUGUCGGAGGAGUUGAUUCUGGGUUUCUUCCUAGUGGGGUUGCAGGAAGACAUUAAGGGGCAAGUCAGAAUUCAGGAUCCCCUAGACUUGAUGUGAGCGAUUAGGGUUGCGAGAGACGGGGUCAAGGUGAAUCACGCGGGUAACCGAACCUUUGCGUCGAUCGUGAGGAGCGAUGGAGAUCGCAAUUUUGCGACAAGGACCGGUGGGACAGAGGGAGUGGUUCCGGCCAGGAGAGAAGGUUCGACGAUGGCGAAUAGCACCAACGCGAGGGGUAAUAACCUAGCCGGAGGAGAAAACAAGAGUCGGAUGGUCAGAAACUUACCUUACCCGGAGUUUUUGAAGAGGCGGGAAGAAGGGAGAUGAUUCCGAUGCGGCGGACCUUUUGCGCCGGGUCAUCAAUGUGUGGAGAAGAGUUUACGGGUCCUGUUACUAGCGGAGGACGAGGAGGAGGAGUUAGAGGAAAACUCUAAUCCGGAAGCGAGACCCCUGGAGCUGUCGGCAUGCUCGGCGGAGGGCCUGAUGCCUCCGAAGACCAUGAAGUUGACUGAGUUGAUAGGAGGAACGAAGGUGGUAGUUCUGAUUGACAGUGGGGCCAGCCACAAUUUCAUUAGCCGGGGUGUGGUGGAGGAAUUCGGACUACCGGUGGCAGAAACACCCACUUACGCUGUAAGCUUGGGCGACGGUCAGAAGAAGUGGACAGGUGGACGUUGCAAGAAGGUGAGAUUGUAGCUGGGAGACGUGGAGGAAGACAUGCAUGUGUUUGAACUAGGGGGAGUCGAUCUAAUAUUGGGCAUUGCUUGGUUGGCGAAAUUGGGGGAAAUGGUUAUUAAUUGGUGAAAUAUGUCCAUGCAAUAUAUUGUGGCGGGAGAGAAGAUGAUGAUCAAAGGUGAUCCAGCUCUGGCAAGACAGUUGGGUUGUCGGUGUGGGUCGGCAUCACAGAAAAACAUAGUUGCUGAGAGAAUGUCCGUGAAUUGUCCAUAUCUAAGAAUGACCGUACUUCAAUGCCUGCCAUUGCCAAUUCCAAAUUCCUUACUUUGCCCACCAUCUUGACUCUUGGCCGUGUCGCCUCAAUACCUCUUUUUGUCGCCACCUUCUUCAUGGAUGGUUGGCGAGGAACAGUUGUUACUACAAGUAUCUUCACCGCUGCAGCAGUUACAGAUUGGCUUGAUGGUUAUAUUGCUCGUAAGAUGAAAAUGAAAUCUACAUUUGGUGCCUUUUUAGAUCCAGUAGCUGAUAAGCUCAUGGUUUCUGCCACAUUGGUCUUAUUAUGUACUAGACCUUUGGAAGUUGCUGUGUUUGGACAAUUACCAUGGUUAUUGAUCAUACCUUCAAUCACCAUAAUUGGUAGAGAGAUAACCAUGUCGGCACUGAGGGAAUGGGCUGCUUCCCAGGGUAGCAAGCUUCUAGAGGUUGUUGCAGUUAAUAAUCUGGGGAAAUGGAAAACAGCCACACAGAUGUUGGCGUUAAUUAUCCUCCUUGCUACGCGGGACUGCAGUCGUGGAGGACCUGCCAUUUUGGUAGGAUCUGGUGUUGUCUUGCUUUACAUUUCAGCAGGGCUUUCCUUAUGGUCAUUUGUAGUAUAUACGAGGGAAAUUUGCAAGGUGUUGCGGAGUCAACCAAGGUAAAGAAAAGAAGAAACAAAGAAAAAAAAAUGACGUGUGGAUUGAAUUGGAAGAAUCCAGGUUACUAGUCAUGCAGAUCGAAUUCCUAUCUACAUUUUGGAGCCCAUUAAAGUUUGCCACACGAGAAUUUUCACUAGAGGAAUUAUUGUAUGGUUGUUAUUGACUCUUAGAUUGGUUUUCUUCNGUCUAUNAUUUGACAAUACUUAAAUACAAAAGUUAUUUUUCAGUGUCUGGUCAUGUUUGAA